UGCAAGAUUGUGUUUUGUGCCCUCAGUGCCAUGCAUAUACAUUAUUGCAUCGUCAACUGCAUAUGAUAAUGUCAUUAUUUGAAUGUAAAUAAAUAUUUGUGACGUUGACACUUGACAUCUUGUGCAAGGAACGCGUCAUAACAGCGAGGCCGCUCACAAGAGGAAGCCGCGUAGAAGAAGACCACGUAGAUACAGUAUAUUCCACGAAGUCGCUCUCAUGUAGGCAAAUUGUGUAUUGCAGAGCUUGCGUGCGGGAGCUUUUGGAGCAGCAAGGGUGCGAAGGUCACGCGUGUGUGCACUUACAUAUAUAUACACGACCCACCCCUGUUCUCUAUCUUUCUCGUUAUCACGCUGUAUUCCUAUAUCCUAUAUACUCAUCUCUCUCUCUCGGCCUUUCUAUCCUUCUAUAAAGGAAUAAAGGGAGGAGCUGAGAGUGUUUGGUAUAUACAGAGAAAGAAAAAGUUGACCACCAGGUGUGUGCCGCUGCCAUUGAUUUAUUUAACUUUUGACAAUCGAUCAAAAUUCUCAGAAAAAUGUCAAAAAUCGAGGAAGCAAACGCUCACAUACGACAGGCGGAGAAGAGUUUGAAGACGGGCUUGCUCAAGUGGAGACCGGACUUUGACGUCGCGGCUGACGAGUACACCCACGCAGCCACUUGUUUUCGAGUUAUCAAGAAUUACGAAGAAUGCAAGGAGUGUCUGUUAAAGGCAGCUGACUGCUACAAGCAGAACAGAUCAUGGUUUCAUGCAGCCAAAAAUAUGGAGAGCGUUAUUUUAGUCUUGAAGGAGAUGAAUAAAUUGGAUGAACUACCUAGACUGGCACACAGUGCAUGCUCACUCUACCAGCAGCAUGGGUCACCAGAAUCUGGUGCAUCUGUUUUGGAUAAAGCAGGAAAAAUUCUGGAACAAAAGGAACCGGAAAAGGCUAUGGAACUUUACAAACGUGCAGCUGACAUUUGCAUGGGAGAAGACAGUCCAAGACAAGCUGCAGAAUACAUGAGCAAAGUAGCAAGGUUUUUGGUAAGACUGGGUAAAUAUGAUGAGGCAGCUGAUGCAAUUCGACGAGAAAUUAAUAUGCACCAGGAAAUCGAUCAUCAGCCAUCGAUUGGUAGACUAGCAGUUGCUUUAGUAUUAGUUCAAUUAGCAAGAGGUGAUCAAGUUGCAGCUGAAAAAGCCUUCAAAGAAUGGGGAAACUACUGUGACGUCCCAGAGAUACAAACACUACAAACAUUACUGGAAGCCUAUGAUUACGAAGAUGCUGAUGGUGCUAGAGCAGCAUUAAAUAGUCCAUUCAUUAAACAUAUGGACACUGAAUAUGCAAAGUUAGCUAGGGGCCUUCCACUACCACAGCAAGAAUACACAGUGUCACCUGCAGGAGUGCGACCGAAUGCAGCACCUUCUUAUGUAUCACCUAACGUCAAGUCAACAGUCGAAGCAGAUGUUAAUAGAGAGGUCUUGACAUUAGCAGCCUUAACCGGCAAAGCCAAUAUUUCUGAGAAACCUGCAAAAACAGAAGAGUCACAGCCUGAACCGAACCCUGAAGAUAUGCAAUCUCAAUCAGUCCCAGAACAAUCUCAUUUCAAGGCAAAAUCUGAAGAAUCCCAGUUAGAGCCACUAAACACUUCACCCUCUGCAGCUGCAACAUCAGUACCAUCGCGGGAAGAAGAAGAUGAUGAUUACGAAGGUGGUUUGUGUUGAUCUCAAUCAAUAAAAUACGUUUGUAGCUGUAGCGUAUAUAGCUAUGGCCAGCCAAUGUACUGUUUAACUGUAUAUUAAUAGAUUACGUGUUAUGUUGAGUCUUGAAACAAAUUUUAAUGAAAAUACGCUUUAUUGUAAGCUGAUUAUUCAAAUCUCAUUCUGCACAUAUGAAAUGCAUAAUUAUCAAUAAUUUGGAUGCUGAAAGAACACGUUGAUUUAUGAGAUUUUUUAAAUAGUUAGCUUCAAAAAUAUUUUUGUGAAUACAAUCUAUGAAGAUGUGAGAUUUAUUCUUUCAUAUACAUAUGCAUAAACAUGCGAAUGUGUGCCAGUGUAAAGAACACACAAAAUGAAAAUGUUAUGAUUGUAAUGUAUAUUAUGCCUAAAGUCAAAUGCAUUUAUUCUUAAACAUAGA